AUGCCUGAAGAAAACUGCACCGCACUGACCGAGUUCAUUCUCUUGGGUUUCACUGACCGUCUGGAGGUGGAGCUACUUUUGUUUGGACUCUUCCUAUUCGUAUAUGCCACCACUUUGGUGGGGAACAUUGGCCUCGUUGUGCUUGUCCAGCUCAAUGCCUGCCUUCAUACCCCCAUGUACUAUUUCCUAAGCAAUUUAUCUUUCUUAGACCUUAGCUGUUCAUCUGCCAUUGCCCCCAAGAUGUUGGUGAACCUGUUAGCACAGCAGAAGACCAUUUCUUUAAUUGGUUGUGCAACACAGCUGUUUCUCUUUGCUGCCUGCGCUGAUGCCGAGUGCCUCAUUUUGGCUGUGAUGGCCUACGAUCGCUACGUGGCCAUAUGCCACCCUCUUCUCUACACCAUUGCCAUGUCCCGCAGGGUCUGCACCUCCAUGGUAGCCGGGGCUUAUCUCAGUGUGGUUCUGACCUCGCUGGUGCACACCUCUUUCACAUUCACAUUGUCCUUCUGUGGCUCCAAUGUGAUCAACCAUUUCUUCUGUGACAUUCCCCCGCUGCUGGAGCUCUCCUGCUCUAACACACACAUCAACGAGGUCCUCCUCUUCACCCUCUGCGGCUUUAUACAAAUCAGCACCUUCCUGACCAUCGUUGUCUCCUACGCCUGCAUCCUCAGCACCAUCCUCCGCAUCCGUGUGGCAGAUAGGAGGCACAAAGCCUUCUACACCUGCACCUCCCAUCUGACGGCCGUCGGGUUAUUCUACGGCUCCCUCCUCUUCACCUACUUACGGCCCAGCUCCAGCUACUCACUGGACACAGACAAAGUGAUCUCUCUGUUUUAUACUGUCGUCUUUCCCAUGCUGAAUCCCCUGAUUUACAGCCUGAGGAACAAAGAGGUGAAGGAUGCCCUAUGGAGAACAGUAGAGAGAAGAGUGUUUUCUCAGUGA